ACAUGAACUUACUGUGUAACACAAGCGUUCAUGUCAAAACCGUUACAAAGACAUCAAACGUCAAGCUUAUGUUACACAGCGCUCUCUUCCAGGCUAAAGUGGACCAGGGGAGAAAAGGAGGGAGACAUUACGCUCUGAGGGGGGAGAGAAAGUAUUCAGGCAGUCUUGCAGAGUUAACAGUCUGGACAAGUUUGCGGAGGAAUUCACCCGGAAAACGUGGACUUAUCGCUUCAUGCAGGGGCUCUGCAACAGAUUUAUCGCAACUUUAUAAAAAAAAUGAGGCCAUCAUAUUUGUUACCGUGGAUUUUUUUCUGUGCGCUUUGGACGCUGGCAAACAGCGAAGAACAGCGAAUCCCGCAGGAGAAACUUCUUGUAGUAACUGUUGCAACCAAAGAGACAGAUGGCUUCAGGCGCUUUCUGAGGUCGGCUAAACACUUCAACUACUCUGUCAAGGUUCUCGGCCGCGGGCAGAAAUGGAAGGGAGGCGACUACAUGUCAGCUCCAGGAGGCGGCCAGAAAGUGCGACUCCUGAAAGAGGCUCUGCAGAACAUGAAGACUGAGGAGCAAAUCCUUCUUUUUAUAGACAGCUACGACGUGGUUUUCGCCUCAGGUCCCAAAGAGCUGCUCAAGAAAUUCCAGCAGGCCAAACACAAGGUGGUGUUCUCCUCCGAGAGCCUGAUCUGGCCUGACCGACAUCUGGAGGACAAACACCCCCACGUGAGGGAGGGGAACAGGUUCCUGGGCUCAGGAGGUUUUAUCGGCUACCUUCCAAACAUUAAAGAAAUGGUUGCUAACUGGACAGGAGCCGACAAUAACAGUGAUCAGCUGUUCUUCACCAAGAUUUAUACUGAUCCAGAUAAAAGGAAAUUCUUUAACAUUACCCUGGACAGUAAAUGCAGAUUAUUCCAGAACCUUCAUGGAGCCCUCGAUGAGGUGGUACUGAAGUUUGAAAAUGGUCGAGUGAGAGCCAGAAACGUGAUGCAUGAUACCUUGCCGGCCAUCAUCCAUGGGAACGGACCAACAAAGCUCCAGAUCAACUACCUGGGUAACUAUAUCCCCAACGUAUGGACGUUUGAGACAGGAUGCACUGUGUGCGACAAGGAUCUGUGCUCACUCGCAGCUCUGAAGGAAAGUGAAUACCCACUGGUUCUGAUUGGCAUCUUCAUUCAGCAGCCCACACCUUUUGUCACAGUGUUCUUCGAACGCCUGUUGAAGCUCCAGUACCCCAAGAACAGGCUCAAACUCUUCAUUUACAACAAGGAACCUCAUCAUGAACGUCAGGUCAACACGUUCCUGAAGGAGCAUGGAAGUCUGUAUCAGGACGUAAAAUCCGUCAAUCCUGAUGAGGGGAUGGAGGACGCCGAGUCCCGGAACCAGGCCUUUGACAUGUGCCGGAAGGACAAAGACUGUGACUAUUUCUUCAGCAUAGACGUUGAAGUGGUCUUAAAGAACGAGAACACACUGAAAAUCCUCGUUGAGCAAAACCUACCCGUCGUGGCACCCAUGAUAACUCGAGUCGGCCGAUUGUGGAGCAACUUCUGGGGAGCGCUCAGUGCAGACGGAUACUAUGCCCGGUCUGAGGACUACGUGGACAUUGUCCAAGGACGGAGGCUGGGUGUGUGGAACGUCCCAUACGUGUCCAGUGUGUACCUGGUUAAGGCCAGCCUCCUCCGAUCAGAGCUGAGCGACUACGAGCUGUUCACUCUGCACGGCUUAGACCCUGACAUGGCUUACUGCCACAACAUUCGCGAAAAGGAAAUCUUCAUGUAUGUGACCAACAUGCAGCCGUUUGGACGCAUCCUGUCGACAGAAAACUACCAGACCAGCCAUCUGCACAACGAUCUGUGGCAGAUCUUUGAAAACCCUCUGGACUGGCAGGAGCGCUACAUUCAUGAGAAUUACUCUCUGAUCAUGAAAGACAAGCUGACUGAGAAUCCGUGUCCAGACGUGUACUGGUUCCCAGUUUUCUCUGAUGUUGCUUGUAACCACCUUGUUGAAGAAAUGGAAAACUUUGGGAAGUGGUCAGGAGGAGGCAAUGUGGACACCAGAAUCCAGGGAGGCUAUGAGAACGUCCCCACCAUCGAUAUCCACAUGAAUCAGAUCAACUUUGAAAAGGAGUGGCAGAAAUUCUUAGUGGAGUUUGUGGCACCGAUAACAGAGAAAAUGUACCCUGGUUACUACACCAAGUGUUCCAAUCCCUUGAACUUUGUGGUGAGGUACAAACCCAACGAGCAGCCCCUGCUCACCCCCCACCACGACGCCUCCACAUUCACUGUUAACAUAGCUCUCAACAGCAAAGACGUAGACUACCAGGGUGGCGGAUGCAGGUUCCUCCGCUACAACUGCUCCAUCAAUGCUCCUCGUAAAGGAUGGGCCCUCAUGCACCCCGGCCGCCUCACCCACUACCACGAGGGCCUGCCAACCACCGCCGGCACCCGCUACAUCGCUGUGUCGUUUGUGGAUCCCUGAACUUCCAGCUCCUCUUUAAUCCAGACCAAACAGGACCCACGCUGAGCACCAUCUCCAGCAUCUCCUCCAUGUCCAAAACGAUUCUGCGUCUUGCCUCACUGCCAUGAUGUGGCCAGCUGUCAUCUGCAGAAGAUCAGCCUUCUCUAAUUUAACCUAAAAGCCAGAGUGUUGGUUAACUGUGCGCUUGCUGGCUUGUUGUUGUGGAACUAGCUGCUCUGGGAAUCUGCACCAAAGCUGAAGGGACGAGUGUCAUGUUCAGAUGCAAAUAUAAUGUCCCAGCCUUCAUUACUUCAGCUGGGACUCCUGUGGAAGCUGUUUGGGGAAGGACACUGAAGAAAUCAUAUCCGAGUCACUGACCAAGACGUCAGACUUGUCACGCGUAGCUUUAGAUUUGUCCUUAUCAGGGAUUUUGUUUGGAACAAGUCUCCCUGUAAAUGAGUUUUUACCAGAUGCAUAAGAUCCAUUUACCUUGGAAGCUGGAGCUGGAAAUGAUGCGUCGACCAGUGAGGUUUGCUCACUAACCAGGUUGACAAAACCAGUUAAUAACUAGGCUUUGCAGCAGUUUGGCUUAUAAACAGCAAAUUCAUCCAUACAGUGUUGACAUUGGCAGGUGUGACUGAUUUUAUGACACAGCAAACAGAUAAAAGUAUAAAUAAAGGAACCCAGAAAAUUUGAUUUUCAAGGUUAAUUAAAUCCUGAAUUUAGCUCACUUCAUAAUGACUCGAUAAAAAAUGAAUUACCUUAGUAAUUCAUGACAGGAGGCAGAAUCCACCUCUUGUGGUUAUCAGUGAUAUUCCUGUUAUCAACCUUACAUUUGAUGCAAGAUGUCAGGUGCUGAACAGGCUCUUUUUAUCAAUGAGUGUUUCCUAAAAGAAAAACGUUUAUUACUGAUCCACAAAAUCAGAAAGUCCAGGUCAGCCUCGCCAUGCUGUUGAUGCAGAGUAGAGGAACAUGCCCCCUGUGCAGCACAUCUAGGGUUGGAUUAAUAAUACAAGCCGACGUGCACAGCUGUUUGGGCUUGUGCACGUCAGCGGUCUGAUUUGCACAUCAGGAGUCAAGAAGAUCAACGGUUCAGAUAAAGUUUGGAUGCAUGAAAACAGGAAAGAUGACAUGACGACACAAACUAGACGUUAAACUCAGAUGAUGGUGGUGGAUGUUAAAUGGUACUUUCUGGCUCCUUCUGUUUGGUUAGGGAGAGAGGAGGGUAGAGAGGAAGAAGGGAGGAAGGAAAGAGGACGAGAAGCCAGAUGAGAAGAAUCCUGAUAGAUGCUGGGCGAAAUAUCAGGGCAGAGCAGGAAAGAAAGCAGAGACCACAUCCAGGAGAGGGGUUACCAUGGCAACACCUCUUUUUUUUUAUUUCAUUUUAAAAUAUGUU